AUGGGCAAGGGAAAUAGGGUUCUUCACGGUGGUGAUACAAAAAACGACGCCACAUCUCUUGCCAGAACCAUCCAUGAUGCUAGCCUCCAUCUCCACCGUUCCAUUCUCAGCGAGUGCAGAUCCACGACGAGUUCAACAACAUCUGAAGGAGUACGUGAAGCAUCCCCAAUCUACUGUGAAUUAAUCUACCUCGGUACUUGUAUGAAAGUCAUUGACAAUGGCAGUGGUCUUGGAAUUGAUUAUGACGGCUCAAAAUCCCGGAACUCUGAAAUUUUUGUUGGUUACAGUGUUGAAGAUUAUGCUUAUGUUGUUGCUCGAGCUGUAAAAUUCGUGUGUGAACGUACUGCUGUGAAGCAUCCCGUGAUUUGCAGUGAAAGCGACCGUGCCAUUGUGUCUCACCACUCUGUUUUGGUGUUCCAAGCUAUUUCCAAAAGCAGUGCCAUUUCGACCACAAUCUGGCGUCGAUAA